UGUUUAUCAUAUUCAAGAUGGCGGCUAAGCGAUGCUUAUGAACUUAGCAGAGCUCUAUAGGCACAAACGAUUUAUUAUGACAGCUUAUGGAGGGUUUAAAUAUGCUUUACAACUAUGAGCUUACUUAAGAAACUCGCGUCUUUGUCUCCUCUUCAAUCGCCAAGUUCUGAAGCCGAGAAGAAGCAUUUGGGCGAGGGGUUUGUGGAUUUGGGUAGCACGGAAUAUUUGAGGCUUGUAGACGUUCAUUGGAAUAAUGCUAAGGCGAUAAUAGCUCUGGACGAAAAGACUGUUGGACACCAGGAGCGUUGCAAUAUUUUAGUUUAUCAUUUGAAUGAAAUCGUAUCCGUUUUGGUGGACGAAAAGGACGGAGACCCAGGGCCUUGUUUACAAUAUGUACUCGACAAUGAUGUGUUUCAAACAGUCUAUACGUGGAGUGCAACCAACAAAAACUGCGUUAAAGACAUGAAACGGGAACAGUUGAGGUUAUUUAGGAACCUCAUAGAAAAGGCUAGAGCUCAUUUGCUGAUCUACGAGCAAGUAUGGAAACCCUUGCUCUAUCUUCUUCACUCUUGCGUAAACACGUUCUCCUCAGACAUGGAAGAACAUUUCGUUGCCGUGUUGAAAGGCCUUUGCGUGAGUGUGAAUCGAGAUAUUGCUUUAUUGGACUUAUUUUUCUUGGAUAACCACGGACAUGGACAGAUUGCGAAGUUGUCUGUGUUUUCUUUGCUUAUUCCGUUUGUACAUCGAGAAGGAAAUGUAGGCAAUUGGUCCCGCGACGCCAUGCUGUUGUGCAUGGCGCUGUCGUCUGUGGACACUCGCUUAGGAACUUACAUCGCAGAGGAGACUGACUUUUGUCCUGUAAGUAUACAUUAUGGUACAGUGUACUUUAUUUCAUGUUAAUGACAGCCCCCUCAGCAAAGAUCAGAAGAGAAGUCCUAAGUUUUAAUUCUCUGACGGAAAUUUACAUGUAUUUCACCUUUAAACCUUGGCGGGAUACGACGUCAGUAUUGUUUAUUUUUGUUGGAUACGACUUUCAAUCAUUUCCCUUCGUUUUAAAGUGUUGGUGUUGGUGUUUUACUUGUCUCGUACAUAUGCAUGCGAUCACUUAUAAUUGGCCACUUAACUUGAAGGGAGUAAAGGCUGUCUGCGUGAUGUGUAUGUUCUUUUUUUCCCAAGGGAUAAAUAAGUUAAGGUUUGUGUGUUUCCGUUUAUUAAGCUUUGCUGUUUAUCUUUUAUUACUUUUUACUAUACACGUGUUUGCUUUUCCAAUUCAGCUUGUGGACUGUUUUGUAGUCUUUGGCUCCGCAUACUGUCCAAUAUUGGUAAUCUCUAUUUGAGAUGUUAAGGUUGAUAUAUUAUUCCAAUGUGCCUUGAAUUUGCAUUUUCUCAAGUCGUCCGAAAUGUGACACCUGCAAAAGAAACUGAACACUUUAUGUUCUGAAGUAUUGUUUACUUAGUAUAAGAUUAUGCACAUUGCAGCAUGACAGAAUGAUUUAUGUGGAGUAUUACAAAAGCGGAAUUGCAUAUUUUGAAAUGAGACAUACUAUCUCUAUUGCAGAAAAUGUGAAGUAAUGUUAGCAAUAUUGGCAUUUUUGUCAAGCUACUAUAUUUCUGUACUAUGUACUUGAUGAUCAGAGGAUUAUGAGUGAGAUAGACAGUUCUGGGUUGAAUGUCCUGAAUAACUUCUAUGAUCCUUUUGUGGUGUAGGAUGUGCAUGUAUCUAGUAUGCAUUUAAAAACCAAGGUCUUCCGUAUUUUAGAGGAAUUAAGGCGCAUGGCUGUUGUUACUAUCAUAUUUUGCAGUUGCCUCUUUUUUUCAGUGUAAUUUUGUGUCCUUUAUUGUCACCUGUUCUGCCACCAAACAGGCUGCUGUUUUAAUGCCAUUUGACUUGUUUUAUUUACAUGUUCAUCCCUUAUGUUUGUGUAUGCAUUCAUUGUACAGUCUUAAUAUGCAUAGUAUGUAUUCUGCAGUGACUAUGCAGAAAUAUCAUGGAUAUGAUUGGCUGUGGAUAUGCACAUGACAUGAUGUAAACACAAAUCUACCACUGAAUUUAUUUGUUUCCAUAGUGACUCACAUAAAAUGAAAUAUGCUCGUCUUUCUGAUGACAUAAGACAUGUUCAUGAAGGGCACAAUGCAAAGCACAAGAAAACAAAGUGAUGAAAAUUGUCAUUAAACUGCAACAAGAAUAUUGAAGAAAUUUCAUUGAUCAUUGGAAAUGAUGAGAUUGUCCAAACAAUGAAACUUAUCCUUAAGGGCUGUUUGUCGCGCAUUGUGUUUUUUUGACGAGGACCUUGUCUAAGGGCUGGGAGGCAGUGAUUUUCCCCAGCUACAGUGUGCUAUGAGCAUGACCUGCAGCUACUUUCAUAGGAAACAAAAGAAAAAUAGAACCCAAAAGACUUCCUAGCUGGUUAAUUCCCUGCCUUCCAAUUUUUAUAUACCUGGUAACUUACCGGUAUAAUCUAAGUGACAGCCCUGUGUGAUAGUCCAAAAAAGGACAACACACAUUUUGGAAUCAGUACUUGUCACUAAUGAUUUUAUAUUUUAUCGUUGUUAUUUGUUAAAGUUGGUCCAUAUAAUUAUUUAUUCAACAUUUGUAAUGCAAAAUUGCUGUUUUUUUUUUUUCACAAAUGUACCAAAAGAACAAAACUGUAAACAGAAGCAAAUAUGAAAAUCUCCCCAAACCACUUUUUGUUUUUAUAAAAACUGAAAACCAAAUGUCCACAAAAGGAGAAACUGACAACCUUCGAGGUUGAAGAAAACUGAAAAGACCAAGCCCUACAGGCUAGGGUUUCAAAUCCCAUGGAAAACAAUUUUUCGGUUCUAUGCCCAGAGGUCAUGGGAAACUAUCUGAAACAAUUUUUUAGUUGCGUGAAAAUUCAUGGUAACCCACCUCCUAAAUGAUUUCAAUUUUUUGAAGUCAUAUGUUUUUUCUUGGCACUAGAAGCCAUAGAGAAGUAAUGUUCAAUCACUUCGGGAAUGAUUUAAGAUGGCAGACAAUAGAAAACUGAUAGGUGCUAAACACAAUGUUUUUGUUUCGUAUCAAUAUAAGCCGAGAAAUAGCUAUUGCUCUACUAGUUACAAACCUGAGUGGAAAAAUAGUGAAUUUCUGUUAAUUGAUCCCCAAACAAUUUUUGGGGGCCAUUACAAAACAGUACCAGAGACGACUGUUACUGUGAAAUGCUAGGGCUUCAAAGCCACAAAUUUUAGGACAAAACACCAAAGAGUUUCCUCAAAACUCAACCUCACCUCCAUUUGGUCAAUUUCCCGGAGGUAACUGGAGAAUCUCCAUGGGCUGAGAGUAAGAAUUUACACUGUAGUCUAAUUUCCACGUGCGACCACCUAUCCAGAACACAAAAAUUUUCCCAGUCAAAUUAUGAUUGUUGGAACCUCUCAUGAGCGACCAUGACCACUUUUUGGCCUUGGAGAGACAGUUUUAAUAUUUUCCACUCUUUUCAACCUCUUGUAAUAAGAAUACAAUUGACACCUGGUCUGAUCUCUAUGUUUGCUGUAUGUACCGCGCUACUCAGAGUAAUAAGAGUAAUUUUUAGUGACAACACAGAGCUAAACAUAUCAUAACUUAGAAAUAAAAGUGCAGUAAAUUCUCCUUCAAAAAGUAUGCAUUGGGACGUCUACUCGGGUAAAAAACCCCUGAAGUUUGAUUCUUGUAAGUGACCACCUCCUGUGAGCGACCACUAAAUCUUCACAUCUUGGUAGUUGCUUACAUGAGGUUUGACCAUAUGAAUAAUAUUGUUUAUUGGAUUAUCCUUCAGGUUUUGGCAACUGGACUCAGUGCACUAUAUUCUGAUCUUCCAACUUCCCUUGACAUCCCCUCUGAGGACUGGUAUUCACUGGAGAGAGGGCUGUGGGCAACGUUUCCAGAGCUUGUGUCUUUUUUGAGAUCACUGGAGUUCUGCAACAAUGUUAUUCAGGUACAGUUUGAGUACGGACACCUCGAUCAGUCCCUUCCUUUUCUGACUCCUCUUGUUUGACUCUCUAUAAGACAGACAUCACUCUUAGACAGACACCUAGUGCCAGUCACAAAGGUGUCCAUCAUAGAGAGAGGUGACUGUAUUCAUGGUGGCAUUCAGAAAAAUGGGGCCGUAAUUAACAGUAAAUUAUUAUUAUUAUUAUUACUUUUAUUAUUAUUAUUUUUGUUGUUGUUGUUGUUAUUAUUUCACCCAGUGUAUAAUACAGACCUUUAGAUUCUUAUAAGACGAGUACGAUCACGAGUGCGAGAUUUUCUCAAUACUAAGUACUAAGCAUGCGAAAACCAGCGUCAUUUUGGUGGGAAAAUGUGAUAGUGAUGGUCAUUCUGCUACAAGUUUUAGUGAGAAUGUUGUGUUAGUGGACACAAGUUAUAAAGUGUUAUAGGUUUUAUUGUUUUGAGGCUGGGAGAAAACCUCUUUCAAUCAAGAUAACAGUGCUAAUAUUUUUGAUGAAAAAGAUGUACAAUGAAGUUAUCUGGGGUGUCCAUUAUUUGAGAACAUGCAAAAGACUUCAAGUUAAAUCUCAUACUUGUAGUCGUUCUUUUCCUAGAAUCUAAAGGUCUCUAAUAUGCUAAAGCAGUACAGUCAACUCUCUCGUAGCGACCACCUUUCGUAUGGGGCCACCUCCUGUAAGUAACCACUUUGAAAACAACCAGUUUGUUUCUCAGUCAAAUACUGUUUAAAAAACUCUCUUGUAUUGACCUAGCCUGCGUGCAGACGAUAACUAAACUCUGAUUAGUACCGUCUGCGAAGCAGCGCAGAGAUCCUUGUUCUGGACCCCCAUCGGACUCAACGAAUUACCGGAAGUGCGUUUCGAAUUCUCCUUCAACCUGAUUGGCGAUCACGACAAACAAAACAAAGGCCUUUUUUAACUGGCCAAUCGUGGCACGUACUCAAAUCUGGGUACACAGCUGGAAGUCAAGAACAAGGAUUUCGGCGCUGUUUCGCAGACGGAGUUAACCAGAGUUUAAUUUCGUCUGCGCGCAGGCUAGUAUUGACCACCACUUAAAUUUCUUAACGAACACGGCUACUUUGUAAACCAGAAAUUUGACUUAUUCUUUUGUUUUUGCAUUUCCCAUAAGUGACCACCCGGCAUGAUCACGUAUGAUUUUAAGAAAACCAAUGCUCGAAUAAAUUCACAAAAGUUUAGUUUUUGAUAGCGCUGACCAAACAUGCUGACAAAUUAAUUAUAGCAAUUGACUAGCAAGAAAGAUGGCUGUAAUAUGAUCUGUAGGUAAAAAAGUGGAUUGUAACAUUGAUGCAAAAUGUCUGUAAGUACUUUCCAUAAUAUAUGCUCAAGUUACCAGGAUGCCUCCUUGGGAUUUCACCUCCUGGGUGAAAUCCCUACAUGCGGGGAUAGUAACACUCAGAACUUUCAGCGCAUUUCUCUUGUCUUGUUUAGAUUGCCCACCCUCAAGUUCAGUUCAAGUUGUUGGACUUGAUCUACCAUGGAUUUCUUGUAUCAGUUAUGGCAUCAUCUCUUAGUCAGGUGGUCUAUUUAUUUAUUUAUUUAUUUAUUUAUAAACUUUGCUGAGAGGCCUGGAUCACUCACAGAGCAAGCUCCACAGAGCAAGCUUCUUUCAGCAUGUGAAUGCGUUAAAUUUUUAUACUAUCCUUUACUUGACCUCAUUGAAUGGGAAGGCUGCAGCAAAUCAAUUUGGCACUAGGUUAUAUAACUUUCUCAGUUUUGUGUCUGCAUUACAUCAUUUGCUUCCACAAUUUGCACUGUGGGGGGGGGGGAGUACUUCCUAGUAGUAGGCUAAUGGGUAGGUGCCGCUGGAUGGGGUCACAUUUUCAUGACUGGAUUAACUAUUAUGGGGUUUGGGGUUGCAUUUUUAUAAGAGUUACUUGAAUGGGUUCGCACAUUUUCAGGAUUUUGGGGGUCAGAAAAUUUGGGUCUGUAGGGAUUUAAAGAUAGAAAGAUUAAUUUUGCACCACAUUAAUGUGUCAGUUCAUUUCAGGAUGACCAAGUUAAAAGGCUUUAUAAGGUAGAUGCAUAAACACAAAGUUAGGAUUGCGAACAUUAUGUGACUUGAGAUGUGGUGUAUAGUAUGGCCACAGAAUAGACUAUAAUGGGGUAGGGGUCCUGAUAGGCCAGAGGCACAUACCCAGCAAAAAUUAACCCCAGUACCCCCCUGGGAAUUUGCAGGGCUGUUAGUAAGGGCCAGAGGCUGGGGAAUUUCCCUGUCGACUACUUUAAUGACAAAGAAAAGUAAAAUAAAACCAAAAGAAUUCCCCAGCUGUCCAAUUUCCUACCUACUAAUGGUCACCCAACUGGUUAAGCUUUAUAGUUAUUUUGGGUGUCCCACUUCUGUAUGUAAAUUGUUAUUAAUAAAUUAAUAUAUUUCUUGAAAAUUGUUUUCGUUGUAUACGGUAGAAAAUAAAGCUGUUGUUGUUGUACUAACAGCAUAUAUCGAGCCACUUUAGAUCUUAGUGACAACCCUUGACCGGAUCAUGGAACUUGAAUGCUGUAUUAGCUAAUAAUAUCACCAGUUAUUUGUUAUUUACCAGUGUUUCCUGAGUCUUUAUUUAUGAGUCCUUUUGGAAGGGAUUUGAAUCAAAUCAGAGACGGUUAAUUUGCUGGUAUCGAAUGUUUGCUUGUUCUGGGGCAUCCUUAAUAGGACGCGGCCGUUGCUUCUCAAGUUAACUAUUAACUCUCCUUGGGAGAUGAUCUUGGGUUUCAGUUUAAGGCUACGCGAGAGAAGGGAUGAAACUCUGUAGCGGUAUUCGUAUUAGCUAAUACAGCGUUCGGGUUCCCUCUGACCUGAUAAUGCAUUCUGGUGUAUUCAAAACAUGUCAUCAACACUUCAUGGAAUGUAUGUUCCUUAAAUGGUUUACUAUUUAUUUUCACAGUCGUCAACUGAGGCCUUGAUAGCUGCCACAGCCUACCUUGACUUGUUUUUACGCAGUAUCACUGAUUCCAACUUGAUGAAAGUCUUCCUACAGUUUAUUAUGGUGGAAAGAUCAGAUGGCAGACCUAUUCUUGGCUUGCUAGUGUCUAGGAUUGCAGAGGAGUCUCAGGUAAGUUAUACACUCAAAACAUCUGACAUUUUUGGCAUGUUUUGAUUUUUUGUUAUUAUAUCUUUCUAUAAGCUUAGCUAUCAAGUCCAGCACUCUAACUGCUCAGUUAGACUGAGAAUUAGGCUCUUCUUGGCAAAAAGGCCGAAGGAGCAUAUUUUCUAACCCUACCCCUAAGGAAAGACAUAUUUAAGCCUUCCAGCAGUCUCUCCUAUUGUCUUGAUUUGAAAAAGGGGAUUACAUUUUGAAAUGCAGAUUUCGGAUUUUGCAAUAAAAAGGGAAAUCCAAAAAGGCCUUUUACUGCCAAUAAUCUGCCCUCAAAGUGAUUUAUUAAGCGCUAUUCUUGAGAACAGUUUCUCAAAGGCUAUUCCAGAUUUCCCAAAAGUAGCAGAAAGAAAGGAAAUCUUAGGACGGUUUUUUGGCCUUAAAAUGUGUUUUUUGGAUUUCGUAAUAAAUGGCAAAUCGUAAAUCUGGAUUUUGAAAUCUUAAUCCAGACUUUCCACUCGACCGCACCCUUUGUAGAACUCUCAUUUUGAUUUAUGAGGUUGCAAUUGAAAAAUUAAAAAAAAAAAUCAUCAAUGCUGCUUGGUAGGUUGUUAUAAGUAAAACCAAUUGUGUACUUUCUUUGUUCUGAUAACUAAAUUGCUUUUAUUUUUCUUAGCUUUCCGUUGUGUCGCUGGGGUUAUUCUAUACAUUACUGGACCUAAACUGUGAAGACAUUAUGUACAGCUUGGUGUUCAAGUGAGUUUUAAACACACACUACCAGCCUGAAUACCAGCCCCCCCCCCCCCCUUUAGGAGUUAUGGGUGAGGAGAUUUCAAAGAAAAAAGGGUUUCCCUUCAAUUUCUCCCAUUUCGCUUCUCCUCUUUGAACUCUUUUCCUUCUUCUCCAUGUAUCAUAAUUCUCAGUGCUGGCAUUAGCCCAGGUUGUCAUCCUGUUCCCCACGCUGUCUUCUUUCUGAACAGAUCCUAAAAGCCCUGGGGAAGUGUGGAGGGAGGGGAGUUGGAGGGAAUAACAAUACUCCUAGUAACCUGAUGUAACCAUACUGCAGAACUCGGAUUAAUCUCUGGCCCAUCUUAAGGUUUUGAAAAAAAAAAUUGGCAAGUGAUAUUAUUAUCAUUAUGAAUUUAUUUAAAUCAUUAGUUUCCACUAGAUUCCUGGACUUUUCCACGCAAUAAAAGGCAAAACAAGUAAUUUGGGGGGCAUUUAAUCUUGCCUUCUUAUUCAGGAAUACGGGGAAGCUCUUCCCAAAAUAGAUACCUUUUUCAGGCUUCAGGUAAAUGAAAGGGUGUCUAUAGGAUUUUCAAGAGUUGAAGUCUAUGAAAGGAUGGAGAAAUUUGUCAUUUCAGCCUGCUAAAGGAUCUACGAGGGCUAACAGACACAUUGGCGGUGCAAAAGUCAAGGAAACUUCCUGCUUUCGUGAUCUAUUCGUUUUUUAAAAAGACAGUGUUUUUACAGCAGUUAAAAAAAAUGCAGUGUUCUAAACAGGUUAUGUGAAAGGGGUACCGUUUGUACAUAGAAGGCAUGAAAAAGAGGCCCCUUUUUUGUCAAAAAUGGUAAAAAAGGGUAAUGGGUUGGACCUUGGGGUGGAACCUCCCCGUAUAAUUUUUUGUUGCGUGCCCUGUCUCAGGUCGAUCACGAGCCCAAAGUGAGUGCAUUUAAAUGGUUCAAAGUUUCAACUGCUAUUUCAGCUGCAAGCAGAAUGUUACUUGUGAGUCGUCUUUUUGAUAUUCGAUCGACGUUUUUUGUUUACUUUGCUGUUUCUUUCCCACAGGUAUCUAAUUCCGUGCACUCACAUUUUAAGCAGUCAAAAAAGAACUAUCAAAGAAUUGGAUAUUUACAGCAAGAGCGCGUCUAAAUUUCUGUCGCUCAUUCCCAUCCCCUGCUCAAGUUGUAGCCAAUCUCCGUCACCUUCGUCAUCCAACGAGAACUUAAACUCAAGUUCCAACACGCCUAUGAAGAUCGACCUAAAGACAUCAAGUGAAUUGGUGUUCUACGGGUCUACACAGCUUGAAGGUCUUUAUUCGGAAGUGAAUACGGAUUACAUGGAGUACCUAACAGACGCGCGCUGUUUCCUUAGAGACUGUCAGAUGAGAUGCAGUUGUUGGUCCGCCCCUUAUGACGGUCAAAACCCUUCCCCACAGGACCCUCCAAUGGAAAGAGAACGUUCUGCUUCGAACUUGUCAACCCUUUCAGCACCCGUUGCUAAUGGUGACAUUCCAAAUAAGGGUUCGUCUCUGAAGGCGUCAGAUGACCUGCAGAUUCCAAUCAAGAGAUCCAAAUCAACCAAUGAUUCUGAAACCAAAAAGCAACAAGUGGACCCUGAUUUAGGACCGUUUUUAUCGACGCUUUUUCAGAAAUUGGAACGGAUGCCGCAGAACUCAUUCUAUGUCAAUUUGAUCCUGACAGGGGUGGUGUCAAGACUUGCGUUGUAUCCCCAACCUCUGCUCCGUUCGUUUUUGCUGAAUUACAACAUGGUUCUUAAACCUGGAGUGCGAUCUCUGUUUCAGGUUAGACUACAUUUAUGUCAUUUAUAGCGCCUAUGAGAUGUUGCUUAAAAGUGGCGAAGUCACAAUGUCGGGGGAACACUCCCAUAUGAAAAACUUGUGAUGUCUCGCUAAGAGGGAAAAAUUGCAGUCUUUGCUUUCCCUUAAGCUCCGGUAAAACGGGCAACAAAAAGGUGCGAAUUGUUUUGUAAUAUUGCUUCAAGACGAGUUGAAUUGCGAUGUUUUACGUUUUACCUCCCACUUUCAAAUCAAUUUUGCGCCAAAAUUAAGAAGUAAUUUGACACCCAUGAUAUUAUUUAUUUAUUUGUUUUUGUGACUGAUUUAUUGUAACAGCAAUAGCCUAGCUGUUUCCUCGAAGAGCUUUAUGAAUAUAUAUUUUUUGUAAUGAUUGCCCUUCUUCUUUCAGAUCCUUAGUUCGGUAAAGAUAAAAGUUGAGAACCUCGCGGAUCAAACUGACAAUCUCAGCAAACUACUCCGACGAGCCAGGAAAAACUUGAUAUUUCGCGAAGAAAAGAGUCGCGCAAGUAUUCAAAGCGUGGUAAUCGACGUGCAACAACCAGUGAAGCUGGUGAAACAUACUGAACAAAAGAGCCCUAAACUGAUGAGACAGAAAACUGACUCCUCCAUACUGAGUCGAGCUCGGCUUUGCAAGACGGUCCCCCUCCUUGGAUUUUCGGUAGCAAGGGAGGGCCUAACUUACGUAAACAAUCCUUGGACUCAUCUGGGAGCCCUAAGCUGAGAAAAGCCAAUUUUGAGAGGCGCGCGAGCAACGUCAGUGCGAGUACAAGAUCUAGUCUGUCGUUAAGCGAGUCUUGGGAGAGUUUGAACUCUUUAAGCCCAAGGUAUGGCAGCACAACGGACUUGAGCGAAGAAAAUUUACCCAAACCAGGAACAGUUCAGAAAAUUGCCAGCCCUUUGAAGGGCGGACAGAAUUCGCCGAAAAAAACUUUUCCGAAGAACACCUUUAAAAGGAAAAAUCCGAAGAAUGUGAAGAACGCUGUUUAUUGUAUCGUGGUGUUGGAAGAAUGGUUGAAGGAACUGGCGGCGAUUUCCCAGGAACAUGCUUUGCUAGUGAACCUGGGCGAGGAAUGGCAAGUUACUGUAUGAUAUCUUGUGUGGGUAUCAUCUUGUCCGUGGGAAGUUCUUAAAUACCCGUGGGACUGUUGUAAUAAUUUUGAGGUUGAGUAGCAGGUUACUGCGCGACUACUACAUGAGAACUAGUUUCUGGAAUUUGAUUGGCUUAGAGCAGUGGUAUUUAAGCUUAAUUUGAAAUACCUACAUGUGAAAAUUACAAACCUGUUGCGGGUACUAGUGUAAACGAAUAAUAGCAUGAUUUGGACGUGAUCUUUGGCGUAAAUACCACUCGUGAUAUUUCAAAAUUGUCGCAAAUUUUACUCGCCUAACGGCUCUUGAAAUGACAUAAAAAUUUUGAAAUAUCACUCGUGGUAUUUAUGCCUUCACAGAUAUACGGAACUGUAAUAUUCCGCAAUAUAGAUCAGAAAACAUUUAUAGUAAGUAUUCAGAUUUUACGACAAGCAUUUUAUACGCUCAAUUGUAGCUCUCCAUCAGAGAUUAGAAAAUAAUUUUAUAUAUUUUGUUAUUGUUUCCGUACAUGGCUAUUUCAAGUUAUCCUCAGUGCGUCUCUCAAAAACAUGUCGUAAAUGGGUGCUAAAAGCCAAAAAAUUAAAUGAACCGAAAUCAAUGAAUAUUCAAAACAAUGUAAUUUUUUUUAAAGAACGCCACGAAGGA